AUGGAAAUGCUUCAACCCUUGAAAGAUUUGAUCAAUUCUGUGAGUUCAAAUGGUCAGAGGGUUGGAAACAUUGGAUUGGCAAUGCUAAAGACGAAGUCAAAAGAAAAACAAGGUGAGAUAAGGUUGAAGACAAAACUUCCUACCCUCUCCGAGGUUCUCAAAGCAUUGUUAAGUGUAGUGAGCCCCGAAACUCGCAUGCUGUAA